AUGGCGCAAUCGCCGCUAUCGCCACUGUAUACGGGGCCGAAGGAGUUGUAUUUUGAGGGAGUCGACAUGUUGCAAGCCAAGAAGCCUAAUGUAACCCAUCUAGUUUGGAGCUCUCUAGCUCACGGCUCUAGAGUAAAGAUUCUGAUUGACGGGCACAAUGAUCUCCCUUGGCAACUGCGUAUCGAGCUUCAGAAUCGUCUCUAUGACGGCCGUGUUGACUUGACCAAGAGACUACUUGGCCAUACGGAUCUCUUGCGGAUGCGAGAGGGCAUGGUUGGUGGCCAAUUUUGGUCGGUCUACGUGGAUUGUGAUUAUAAAAACCAAAAGCAUUUUGAUGAUCCUACGUGGCUCGUAAGGGAUACUCUUGAGCAGAUUGAUGUAACUCGCCGGUUUAUCAAUGAACACCCUAAGGAUCUCCAAUACUGUGAUACUGCAGCAUGUGCUCGCAAUGCAUUCAAGGCUGGACGGAUUGCCAGUAUGAUUGGCAUUGAGGGUGCACACCAGGUGGGGAGCAGCAUCGCCAGUAUCCGGCAGUUCUACAAUUUGGGUGCGAGAUACAUUACCCUCACGCACAACUGUGAUAAUGCUUUCGCGACAUCCGCCAGCACAGUUGCGGCUGGCCAGUCAGACUACGGCCUCAACGAGCUUGGUUAUGAGGCAAUUAGGGAGAUGAAUCGCUUAGGAAUGAUGGUAGACUUAUCCCAUGUCUCCCACCAGACUAUGCGUGAUGUACUAAGCAUUGCUCGUGCACCGGUCAUUUUCUCUCAUUCAGGAGCAUAUAGUGUCGAGCCUCAUCUCAGACAUGUCCCCGAUGACGUAUUAAGAUCCGUCAAGAAGAAUGGAGGGAUUGUCAUGGCUGUCUUUGUCAACCGCUUCCUCAAUAUGAAGCACCCAGAAGAUGCCACCAUUCAUGAUGUUGUCGACCAUAUCUUUUAUAUUGCGGAAGUAUGUGGAUGGAAUUGCGUCGGCGUUGGAAGUGACUUCUCAGGCACACCACACGUGCCGAAGGGCCUAGAGGACGUCUCCAAAUUUCCCGACCUGGUUGAGCUCCUUAUGGAACGUGGCGCAACGGACGACCAGAUAAAGUUAUUCGCCGGCGAGAAUCUUCUCCGCGUGUGGGAAAAUAUUGAACGAAGGGCAAAGGAGAUUCAAGCAACAGGCGAAAAGCCCGUUGAGGCGGAAUGGUCGGGUCGUGAGUGGCACAGAGGCCUGAAAGAUUCGCCAUGGAUGCUAAGAGGCAGUCGCGAAAAGGCUGUUGCCGAUGGAGCUGCGGACAAGCCUUACAUGUUCAAUGUUGACGGCGAGGGGAAGCAUAACCCAGCAGUGAAGAACGUCUAG